UAGUCAGAGAAGGCAGAGGAUGGAAGAAUCUAACUGGACCAUGGACUCUGACCAAGUGAUUUUUUCCCCCCAAGAGAGCUAAGUCCUGUAUCUCCAAUAUGGAAGUGGAGAACCAGACCCAGGUCACCAAGUUCAUUCUGGUGGGGUUCCCUGGGAACUGGGGCAUGCGGGUAGCAGUGUUCCUGAUGUUCCUCAUGGUCUAUACUCUGACAGUGGCCGAAAAUGUGGUCAUUAUCCUGCUGGUGCAGCAAAACCAGCCACUGCACAAACCUAUGUACUUCUUCCUGGCCAACCUGUCUUUUUUGGAGACCUGGUACAUCUCUGUGACUGUGCCUAAGUUGCUAUUUAGUUUCUGGUCUGUGAGCAACAGUAUCUCCUUCACUCACUGCAUGAUACAACUUUACUUCUUCAUUGCCCUCAUGUGCACAGAAUGUGUGCUCCUGGCUGCCAUGGCCUAUGACCGCUAUGUGGCCAUCUGCCGUCCAUUCCACUACCCCACCAUUAUGAGCCACAGGCUUUGCUUCCAUUUGGCUCUUGGCCCCUGGGCCAUUGGCUUUGGCAUCUCCUUGGCUAAGAUUUACUUCAUCUCUCGCCUCAGCUUCUGUGGCCCCAAUGUCAUCAAUCACUUCUUCUGUGACAUCUCUCCAGUACUUAACCUCUCCUGCACAGACAUGUCUGUAGCUGAGCUGGUGGACUUCAUCCUGGCGCUGGUCAUCUUUCUCUUCCUCUCUAUCACUGUCCUGUCCUAUGGAUGCAUCCUGGCCACCGUUCUGCAUAUGCCCACCGGAGAGCAGAAAGCAUUCUCUACUUGUGCCUCCCACCUCGUGGUGGUCACCAUCUUUUAUUCAGCCACGAUUUUCAUGUAUGCCAGACCCCGAGCCAUCCAUGCCUUCAACAUGAACAAAGUGAUUUAAUUCUAUGCUGUUGUCACCCCUGCUCUCAACCCUUUCAUUUAUUGCCUAAGGAGCAGAGAGGUCAAAGAGGCUCUGAAGAAACUGGUCUAUUGCCAAGCUAUGCAAUCGGACUAG